UCACUUCUGAACAUAAAAACAGUUAUGGCGAGUUCGCACUCGGAUAUCGACUUUGAUAUGGUGAGGACCCUUGGAGAGGGUGCCUUUGGUAAGGUGUAUUUGGUAACUGACAAGACCAACCCGACAAAUCAGUAUGCCAUGAAAGUGAUUAACUUGUCCAAGUCCCCAGAGGAGGAGCGGGAGUUGGCCCUGAAGGAAGCUCGUCUCCUCUCUGAUUUUAACCACGAGAACAUCCUGCGCUACGUAGAGUCAUUUGAAGAGAAUGGAGCUCUGUGCAUUGUGACUGAGUUCUGUGAUGGUGGAGACUUGAGUCAAUUUCUGGAGGGCAGAAAGGGCAAACCACUACCAGAAAACAGGAUCGUGGAAUGGUUUCGUGAAAUCAGCUGUGCACUAUCGUAUCUACAUGGCAGAAAAAUUAUCCACAGAGACAUGAAAACCCAGAAUGUUUUCCUCACAGGCACCAGUAAGAUAGCCAAACUAGGUGACCUUGGACUAGCAAAAGUGUUGGAGCGACCUAAUGCGAAGGCUGUGACUUUCUGUGGCAGUCCGUAUUACAUGAGCCCAGAACUGUUUGCCUGUAAGCCUUACGAUGCUAAGAGUGAUAUCUGGGCCCUGGGUGUGUGUGUAUAUGAGAUGGCGACUCUAGAGCGACCAUUUGAUGCCAUGUUGAUGCAACAGCUUGUCUUUAAGAUUGUUCAUGGGCAGUUACCUCCGAUGCCCAGUGACAAGUACAGUCCAGAAUUGAUUACAGUGAUGGAGAAGAUGCUUAAGAAGGAAAGUGAUCAACGACCUUCAGCAAGUGACCUACUUCAAGACGCAGUUUUUAAAAAUCACAUCCCUCCAAAGGCCCCUCCCAAACCUGCACCCAAAAUAGCAAGAAAAAUGAAUUGGUUCCAAGAAUCUAUGGCUCAGAGGACAGAUGCUGAUGAGGGAGCAUCGAAAUUUGAUAUGGAGAGCCUCAUGUCGACACUGACAGAAACCCACAAAAUACGACGUAGAAAACAAUUAGGAAAGUCUAUCAUUGCAUCAUCACAGGUGGACAACAAAAUCAUGGCGUCCAAUUAUUCUGAAAAGCCAUUUGAUAAGACUAGUAAGGACUUGUCAAGUUUCCGUAAGAAUGCCACUCUCAAGGCAUCAGAUUCAGACUUGAUGUUGGCUUCAGUAACUUCAGAAGAUAUGGAAGAGACUUUGGCUGCUGUGGCCAAAGGUCAGCCUAAUCCAGCCAAAAUGUUACAGCUCGUUGUGAGGACACUCACCCAAAUAUUCCCUAAGGGUCACGGUGAUACAGGUGACGAUGAUGACGAAGGACCAUUUGCAUUUGUAGGCGAUGAUAGUAGCCAACUGACUCCAGAAGAAAUGCUUCUCGCCCAGAUAGCCCAAUUACAACGACAUAGUGUGCGUGUGAUGAAAGGUGACGUACAGAUGUUCCGUAAGGCUUAUGAUAUGCUUAAUCACACAGAUGAUGAGAUGAAGUUGGAGGAAAAACUGAUCAAGCUCCUUAGCCCUGAAGUAUUCGGAUUGUGUGGGGUACAACUAUUCUACUGUAAAAAUUUUGAGUACAAUUUGCAAAAGCUUCGCGAUGGAGGUCGUGGUACAACAGAAGCCUAGGAUGGCUUGGCUGCACCAAUCAGGCCUGGUGUCAGAAACUACGCCAAUUAUAAUGAUGACAAAUACUAAUAAUAUCACAUCAGAACAUCAUAAUAAGUCUAUAUAUUCACUUUUGUCUUGUCCUUCUUAAAAGCUUUUAACUGCUCUCUGGUUAAUUUUGUAUGUAUGGUGGUACAUGUGCUAACAGGACAGUUAAGGUAUGUAUUUUUUUUGUGUGUUUAUAAAUCUGAUUGGAAAAUGAUUACACUUAACACAUAGUGUACAUACCAUAAUCACUAUACAAAAAUUUAAAUGAACAUUUCUAAAUUUAUCAAGCCAAAUUUACAUUUGUGCAACCAAUAAUUUUUUUAUUUGGUCCGUAUAAAAGAAACUUUGACUAAACAAAGAAUAUAUUUUUACUUACUUUUCCUUGGUGGACAUACUUGAACUGCUGCAUAUAUAAUGGUAUUGAAAAUUAGAUAAGCUUGGCCUCAACUUGUUUUUUUGCAUGUCAGAAGUGUAUGGGAUUUGCCUAUCCAAGUCCUCUAUUCAAAAUAAAAUUGUCGCGAUGAAAUCCAGUCAACUGUGAUAGAACAUAGCUAUGAUAUUAAUAUGUAACUGUACACCAGAAUGAUGUGGAAUUCUUAGAAAAUAUAAUAGGUGUAUAUGUCAUAUUUGAACAUUGCAUGUCUUGUAUCAAACUGGUGGCUAAAGUUGUUAUUUUAAUUUUAAGGUGAAUUUUCUACAAACACGAAUAUUUCUAUGAGAGGCAAAAUAAAAGCCUGGGCACAUGUUUCCCCGUGUACAGUAUUAGUAGAUCUCGGUGUCAGAUACUGUCACGUUGCCUUAUGAUAGUCCUGUUUCAUACUUCAUUACAAAUAAUGGUCAUGCUUGUGGUGUCUGACAGUUUUUCCAAUGUGUGAUUAACGAUGGCACAUGAUUAUAUGCCAGUACUUGGAAAAAUAUUUAAUACAUAUCAAAGAAAUUAUAAUGUGUGGAUGUGAAUUAAUCUGUAGAAAUUUUAGAGAUAUACAUACAUACAGUUGUAUAUGAGUAUCAUUGACUUUGAAUUCUGUAUCAAGUAAAAUUAGUAUGGAUCGUAAAUAUGUAUAUCGUGUUUGUGUACUUUUUAUCAAAUUUUUGAUCCAUCAUCUUUUCCUCAAAGAGACAUUUUGUAAAUAAUGGUAUUAUGGACUGUAUUGAUUGUGUAUCAAUUAUAGGAGGACCAUUUCCUAGGACAUGUCAGAAAUGAUUGUCUGGUAGUUAUUUUAUCAUUCUUCAAUUAGAUUCAUUUGAUCAUGUUUCUAUUAAUUGUACAUACAUGAGUUGGGUGACAAGUGAUGUGGGUAGUUGGGUGACAAGUGAUGUGGGUAGUAGGGUGGCAGUUGAUUUGGGUAGUAGGGUGGCAAUUGAUGUGGGUAGUUGGGUGGCACUUUGGAAAUUAAUGCUUUCGCCUUUCACCUACUCCAGUUUCCUCCUGAAACAUUUCAAUUCGGGCCAACAAGAGCAUUCAGGCCAACAAGAGCAUUCAGUCCAACAAGAGCAGUUGGGCCAACAAGAGCAGUUGGGCCAAUAAGAGAAGUUGGGCCAACAAGAGUAUUCGGGCCAACAAGAGCAGUUGGGCCAAUAAGAGAAGUUGGGCCAACAAGAGUUUUCGGGCCAACAAGAGCAGUUGGGCCAAUAAGAGCAUUUGAUAGAGUUUCGAAACAGUGUAACAUUAUCGUACCUGUAUUGUUUAAUGUUAGAGGAAAUUAUUUUUUUAGAUUUAGUUCAUCUUUGUACAAGUAUUAUGGCGCUUUCAUCAAUAAGGUGUAACCAAUAGAAAACGGUUUCUGUAAAUUCUUUUUCCCGUUGAUUUAUGAAAUAUAAAAUUUGUUCAUUAUUCCAUGUCUUUCUUUUGUGACGUCACAAUUAACGUGACUGAACGAAAUGGUGAUGACCCUCCAAAGUCUUUACUUGAAUUAAUGCUCAGACAAAGAGGAUGAAUAUAUGAUAUAUAAUUACAUUUAGUUAACUAUGAUAAGAUUUUAAGCUCUCAACUUCCUAAAAUAGACUGACAUUCAUAUAUUCCCUCCAGUUUCACUGGUGUCUCUGACAUUUGGUAAAAACACUGUAAACACCGAAUCCAUUUGAUGUUAACAUCUUUUGUUGCACAAGAGCAUAAAGGACAACCAUGACAGGUGUAAAUCUGAUUGGAUGUGAUUUUAGCAAGUUUCUGUGUACAAAUGUGUUUUUAUUGCCUGUACUGGCGUUUGUGUUAAAACUUAUUCCUUACAUGUUAAAUGAUUGUUGAUAUUAUAAAUGUAUUAUAAAGAAAAGCCUAGGGAUGAUUAUUUCUCAGAAUAGCUGUACAACAGUCUGAGUUUAAAUGCUGGGAGUAUUGUCAUCUUUUGAAAUUGGAAAAGACAACUGACAACCUGAUUACAUGAUUGUUGAUUGGUACAUCAUGACUAAAUGGUGUUGUUUAAACGCCGAAUAAGACAAGAACAAGGUAAUAUAUAACACUAUAUAUAGAUUUUAAAUACGAUAGCAUAAUUUUUUACUUUGUAAAGUUUUUUACUUUUAAAGAUGACAUCAUUGAUGUAUGUAAAGACGUAAAAAUUUUCUAAUACAGCAGAGCAUGUUUUAUUAAUGUGUUUAUUUGUAUCUAAAUCUGAAAAUGAGUCGAUAGAAUAUACACAGGAAUUGUACCUCCCUAUAGUAAUGGUUGUAUUCAGAUUGAUAUGUGAUGUUUGAAUGAAUUGAAUAUAUAUUAUAUGAAAUCCUUUUUAAUAGUAAUAAUAAAAUAAGACUAUACCAUGA